GUCAGAAUCAUGUUGUCCCCCGACAGAACUGGACCCACCGUACCUCGGUUUUAUAUAGAAGAAGAAGAUGUAUAUACUAACGAAAACAUGAUGAACGGAGACUACAAAAAUGCAGAAAAGGAAACGGCUAGGCCAACACCUUUCAUGAAGCUCUCUUCCUAUCUACUUGCACUAAGGCCAUGGUCUUUGAGUGCCUCACUUAUGCCUUCAUUACUGGGAUGUGCCAUAGCCUACAAAUUUUUGCCACCUUCUGUCGAGUUCAGCUGGCUUAUUCUCCUGUUAACAUUAUUAACAGUUGUUUGUGUUCACUGUGCUGGUAACAUCGUAAACACUUAUUAUGACUAUGUGAAAGGAAUAGACGACCGUAAAAGUGAUGAUAGGACUCUUGUAGAUCAUUUACUGUCAAAAGAUGAAGUUGUUUCUUUAGGUGUGAUGCUAUACACUUUAGGAUGUGCGGGUUUCAUUGCAUUGGUGAUGAUAUCUCCGGCUAGAAUGGAACAUUUAGCACUUGUUUAUUUUGGUGGUCUGUCAAGCUCGUUCCUUUACACCGGAGGCAUCGGUCUAAAAUAUAUUGCCUUAGGUGAUGUUAUUAUCUUAAUCAUCUUUGGACCCAUAUCAGUACUAUUUGCCUUCAUGUCUCAAACAGGUUACAUGGCAUGGGCAACUAUAUAUUAUGCCAUUCCAUUGGCUCUCAAUACUGAAGCCAUUUUUCAUAGUAACAAAAUGAGGGAUUUAGAAAAUGAUAGUAAAGCGGGGAUUGUGACAUUAGCCAUUAUCAUUGGAGCUACUGCUUCUCAUAUACUAUACGCAUUUCUAUUGUUUACACCUUAUAUUGCUUUUGUGGUGUUUGCUGUAAGGUGUUCCUUUUGGUUCCUCCUUCCUUUAAUUACUUUACCAUCUGCUUUUCGCCUUGAAAAACUGUCACGUAUUCCAGAAUCAAUCAAUAGAGUUCCGAAACAGACUGCCAAGCUAAAUAUGUAUUUCGGAUUCCUUUACGUUUUAGCCAUUAGCCUUACUGAUGCACAAAGUCUUCCAUUUAUUCAUUAAGCCAAAACAAUUAUUCCAAAUUAACAAGUUGUACUUAGAAUGUGUAUUAUAGCGGAUUGUUUAUAUAAUGUAAUUCUUUAAGUGUAAAAUGUAAAUAAUUUUCAACGAAAGUAUAUAUAUUUUUUUUGUAUCUUAGUAUAAAGUGAGUUAAUUUAAAAAUUGUUAUAUUUAUAUUAUAGCAUUAUUUUAUCAUGUUAUUAGUGUGUCUGUUUAAGUCUAUGUAAGUAUUUUUUGAUGAAUACCUACUUAUGGUUGAGGUUAUUCUUUGAUGUAUGUUCCUCUUAUUGACAUGACUUGACAAUAUGGUGCAGUACUGAUAUUUAUUACUGAAACAAAUUUAAACUUAAUGUUUGUACAAUAUUUUAUAGAAAAAAAAAAUGAAAAAAAUAUAUAUGUAAAGCAUUGCCUGUUAUUUCUAAAUAUCAAUUUAGGCUGCCGGAUAAAUUUAAUAUUGCUUAGUAUUAAAUUUUUUUUUAUGUUAUAAUUUUAAAAGAGGUUGUAAUUGUGUCUAUAUUCUCAUGUAUUAUGUUCUAAAUUGUUUUGUUAGACUUUUUUUUUUAUCUCUUAAGGACAAAAUAUGAUCGACUGUUGUACUUAAGACUUCCUUGACCAAUAUUUUUAAGUUCCCAUUACACAGGGCCUAAGGGAAAAAAAAAUUGAGAUAAACUUAACUUAUUAUCUGUCCUGAAUUUAUUUCCUUGAUCCUAG